AUGAGCCUCAAGCUUGGAGCCCAGCCACUGAACAUCCUGUUUUCACUGAACUUGUCUUUCUUCUUCCAGGUUUCUUCCCUUCAUUCCUGGUCACAAAGCUGCUGCAAUAGCACCAAGUGUUUGGCUGUUGUUUCUUUGCUGUUCAUCAUUGGCAUCGUCAUCAUAUUCUGUGAGGAGACAAAGGCCCAGUUUGAUUUCUUUGCUGGUAACUUCACCAUAGUCAGCCAUUCUGAAGUCACCCACAUCGUCCAUGAGCCAUACUACCACCAGGCUCCAUACUUGCUCCACCUGGAGCUUUUUUGUGUCCUCUGGUUCACUUUUGAGUUUUCAAUGCGGUUUUGCUUCUGCCCAGACAAAAAGAAGUUCCUCAAGAACCCCCUGAAUGUUGUUGAUUUUCUCUCCCUCUUCCCAGUUUACAUUGAGCUCUUCACAGCCAAGCAGAUCCAGAAAAUGCCAACACUUGGCCUUUGGCUUGGCUCUGUCCGUGUAGUCUAUCUCCUCAAACUCCUGAAGAUAUCCAAGCUCAUAGAGACCCCUCUGAUCCUGAGAGUCCUGUCCUACACACUCAAGUCCAUCCUCCGAGAGAUCUGUAUCCUGCUGAUGAUGCUGGCCUUUGAAACCCUCUUCUUUGGCUCCCUCUUUUUCUAUGGCGAGUUGCUGGGAAUUCACCCUUCCUUCACUGGAGAUUUACACUUCACAGACAUUCUCAUUUGCUUCUGGUGGGCUCUCAUCACACUCACUACGGUGGGUUAUGGAGACAUCAUCCCUCUAACCACAUUUGGCCAAGUGACGGCUGCCUUAGCUGCAAUAUUCGGCAUGUUAACUAUUAUCAUCCCAAUCCCCAUCUUCCUAGUCAAGUUUAAAGGCUACUAUGCCAUUGCCAUAUCCAAACAGAAGCUGAAAAUGAGCAGAAAGGAAUAAUGCCAUUGAUAUUAGAGCUGCUGCCACUCCGUCCCCUUCAGAUUAAUUCUGAUGGGAUUUGUUCCAACCACAAAGUGGAUUGAGCACAUACAUUUAGAAAUAUUCCAGGCCACAUUUAUUUGCCCAGUGGCAGGGACCCAGAUGCAAGUUGUAGCUUUCAGUUUUAGUGGCUAAUGCACUUUAUGGCAUAUCGCUAUGUUGAGCAGCACUUCAGUGACACACAGGAUAAUACAAUGGGCAUAAGAGUCAUGGGAAAAAAUCAUCCCCUGUCCCAUGUCAGACAAAGAGGGGAAAAUGCACUUUGGAUGGGUUCAUCAAGAAUCAAAGAGAGGGCUUCACCAGCCUGAAAAAAGCUCUUCAUUUUGCAAAGCUGCCAUAAGUGAUCAGAGCAUGCACGGAUGAAAGCCCACACUGAGAAAGAGAGAUCAGGAUCCUGCAAUGUCCCUAACUCCAGAGACAUCAGUUCAAAACAGGACUUAAUGAGUGGGUAUUUUGUGGUGCCAAGUCUUUGACAGCCCUGAGCAAAGCAGUCCACUGGAUUCUCUGGGCCAGAUAACUAUUAGGUACAGAUUAGUGACUUCAAAGGAGCUGAUCUGAUUACAACAGCUGAGGAUGCAGACCAUAUGCCUCAUCAGCACCUAGUCACUAGUAUCACCAUCAUGGGCAACUGGUGCCACCUUAGUCAGGGGGGGCAUGUGCCAGUGACCAGUCAGCAACCAGGUCGGGGGGUCUAAGUGGAGAGCGCAGUGCUCUCAGGGAGUGCACGUGCACCUCCAUGCACCCCCUACGCAUUGCCACUGAACUCACCAUCACAUUUCCACCUUAAUAGACUUCCUGCUUGGGGAGAAACAUGUAGCUAACAUGAGAAGGGCAGAGCUUGCUACUAGUGUCUACUUCCAGAGGGGUCUACCUCAAUCUACUGUCUUACCUUUCUUCAUGGAAGGUAGAGAGUCAGUCAUCUCCGUGGCACUGGACCCCACUAAGAAGUUUCUACUCUAUGAGGGGAAGCAGAAGGAGGCGAAGGAGAAAUGUUCAGUGGGCUGACAGGGUAGAAGGAGGUGAGUGCACGUAGGAAAGUAUAUUGUCUCCUCACCACCCAUGUUACCAGCAGCAGAGAGCCUUGCCUGGAUUUUCAAAGGGAUCCUGGACCCUGGAGCCAGUGGAUUUCCUUGUAGCCAGAGGAGCUCCAUGAUGCCAAGCAGUGGGAGGGGGACCAUGGGCACAGUGUCUGUGCGUGGCUAGUCCAAGCCACCUGCCAAUAGCAGAGAAAUCCAUUUCCAUACAGGGUUGGAUGUGGCCCAACAGCACCUUCAAGUAGGGGUAAAAUCCACCAAGGAACAACUCCCACUCCAUCAUAAAUUUGACCGGAAAGGAGUAAUCAGGGUCUACAAAAAUCCUGCUCUGUCUUGUCAUAUUGCAUUAAGGAAGAAAAGGAUGCAGUGUUCUCUGUGCUGGGAUCAGUGUGACCUAGGAAACAGGGUUGGUUUGACUUUGCUGUCCUCAUAGCUAAUACUGUCAGCGUACGGUUUUUUUUUAACUUGUAAAUUGAAGUGACCUGAUUUUGAUCUUGAUUUGCGCCAUGGAAAUCUGGAGGAAAUACACUGACCCAAGGAAGUUACGCCAAUCAAAAAAACAGUGGGAGACCUGAAUUAGGCCCAAGUAAGUUGCCAUUGCAUCAGUGGGCACAUCUAUAUGAGGCGCUAUGUCAUCGUAGCUCUUCUGUACAGCGACAUAGCAUCGGCGGGCACUAACCAUGAUGCCACUGCUACCACGCAAUAGGGUUGGAAAUGACCCGUGCACAAGUACUAAAUGACUGUGCAGUGGGGCACACGCGUAGAUGUGCCCAGUGAAUAAUAAGGGAGCCCUUUAAUGGCAUAUUCCCUUAGAUUACAGAUAAAGUCUGCAUAUCCUAGUGGAAAGCAUGUUCAAAAUUGCAAGUCUUCUGUUCCAGGCUACUCAUGGGUCUGGCUUUUUAUAAGAAACCCUCUGAAUCUGUUAUUCUUCAUGAGUAUAAUUCUGGCUCCAGUUAAAUCAAUGACAACAUUCCCUUAAUGUCAAUGUGAUUUCAUCUCCUACAUUCUGUGCUUCACCACAGUUUCAACCAUUAAUGAUUCGUAUGUAACAAAAAUGCUGUACUAUUAAUCACAGUAUCUACAUGGUUUUUAUCAUAUAAGAAACAAAAUAUAAUAUACGUUAUUAAAUAUGAUUUCCAUUAUUUUACCUGCUAUAGAUGUUUUUAUAAAGUAGGAACAUUAACUUUUUUAACUUAGUAGCCUUUGUUUUAAUCUAUUUUUAAAUAUUUUUUUCUUUGUAAUAUCCAAGACUGUAUGUUCCCAUUGUGGUAAAGAAACAAAAUCAGGUCCUGUGGCUAAUAUAGUAAGGAUAAUGGUUAAAGGUUGUUGUGUUGCCUACUGAAUAACAAACUUGUCUUUUAUAUGCUAAGUUUAAAAAACUGUACUUUUAUUAAACUUUCUAUUAACUUUU